AUGACUUCGGCCGGCGCAUUGACUACACUCGCAUCACGAGAAUCUAUUCAACUGCACGGUUCCGAGGAUGACUCCCAGCUUGAACGGGUGGUCACCCCGGCCGAUGCUCAACCAGCCAUGCGACCGAUCUCGCGAAGAAGGCAGACAAGCAUACUCUUCUGUGCCUUCUUCGUUGUCUUCGUUACCAUCGGGCUGAAUCAAGCCUACGGGGUCUUUCUCAACUACUACCUGGCGGACGGAAGCAGCCCGAAAGAUCCAUUCCUGCCGAAAGACCAGGUCUCUAGCAAAGCAAUGGUGGCGUUUGUCGGGACUCUGGCAGCUGGCUUGACUUGGGGUGGAAGCAUCGUGGUGAAUCCGAUCAUGGCGCGGUCGAAGGAUCCAAGGUGGAUUACAGGGUCAGGCGCUGUCCUCAUUGGCCUGGGCUACGUGCUUGCGAGCUUUUGUCACAAAGUCUGGCAGCUCCUUCUUACACAAGGCCUAAUCUAUGGAGUUGGCACUUCGCUGGUAUACUUUCCCGUGCUUGCUGUGGCCCCGGAAUACUUUGACGCUCAUCGCGGGUCAGCUAUGGGGUUCAUCCUCUCGGGUGCCGGUGUCGGUGGAUUGGUGUACGCGCCAGCUGCACGGGCCCUGCUGGCAAAGCUGGGAGCAGCUUGGACUUUGAGGGUCUUUGGCCUAGUCAACUUUGCUAUAUGCAUUCCGGUCGUACUGGGGACACCGCCGUCCAGGAGCCUCUCAAAACGCCCCACCCUCGUGGAUAUCAGACUUGCGAAGCGACCGACGUUCAUCCUGCAAGCCAUAGCGGCCAUGACCCAAGCAGCGGGAAAUUUGGUGCCGAUAACGUUCUUGCCUGAGUUCAGUACUAGGCUGGGCUACACUGCUGCAUUCGGUGCAGCUCUCCUUUCGAUAAACAACGCUGUAAACACGGUGAGUCGGAUCGCGAUGGGCUUCAUCGCCGAUGUUGCAGGCAGACAGAACACCCUGGUGCUCAGCGUGCUUGGGAGCGCAGUUAGCGUGGUGGCCUUCUGGCUCUCGAGCGCCUACGGCGAUGACAUGCGGCUCUGGAUCGCAUUCGUGGUCACCUAUGGUCUCUUUGCUGGAGGCUACAACUCCCUCUUUCCCACCACGGUGAUAGAAGUCUUCGGCGCUCAGGCAUACGCCUCGGUCAAUGGGUUCAUCUACUUCAUCCGCGGCCUUGGGGCUCUCUGGGGCUCGCCUGUUGGUGGUGCUCUGGUGGCAGAAGGGCAACAUCCGACAGCAUACAUCACAUUGAUCUGGUAUGACUUUGGUCUGCUCAUGCUGUCGAGUAUCUGCGUGAUGGCAGUUCGCGGUCUGGAUGCGUCUGAGAAAGGACGAUUCAAGUUGAAGGCUUGA